AUGGCAAACGUCGUGGUCAUCGUAAUAAGUUUGAUUAUAUUGAUCUCAAUCACAAAUAUUCUUGGUCAAUGUCCUGAUUGUUUACGUGAUCAAGGUUGUUGUAUGGGUCGUACACGCAGUGAAUGGUAUUGCUGUAUUGGUCAGCCUCUGACUUUAAAUAAUCAACAAACAACACCGUGGAAUUUUGAUUUACAAAUAAAUUAUGAUGUUUAUGUAUGGGAUUGUAGUUCAUCAAAUAUGGAUCCAUUGCAAAAACAUACCAAUGUUUCGUGUAUUUUGGAUGGUCGAUGGUCAUUAAAUCAUUUAACUUUUCAAUUAAGAUCUAUACCAUCCAGUGAGCUGAAAACAAUUAUUGGUGAAUAUACAAUGAAAAAUAAUCAACCAGAAAUAAUUGCUUUUCAAGCUGAUUCUCAAUGGGCCUUGACACUACCAGUUGAUAGAAAUCAGCAAGCCGACAUUUAUGAUAAAAUUCAAUUCAAUUAUGCUGGUUUUACUUACACGUAUUAUUUUGGAUAUGGUCCAUAUCCACAUUGCCCUCGAUGUUAA